AUGACCAUUACUCAAUCUCGAAGAGCGACCAAGAAGUUGGAGCCAAUUAUUGUGGGCAACAGAAUCAUAAGCUUCAAGGCCCCCAAUCUUGAUCGCCGUUUCACUGUACAUGAAGACCUCGUUUGCAAGACCUCUCGAUUCUUCAAAGACCGCCUCCAGAGAAAUCGAAAGCCAAUCUUCAGCAUUGAUGAAUGUUGUGUUUGCGCCGAGGCUCUCAACGCCAUGAUAGGAGACAUCUCCUUCUGCGCCAAGUGCGGGCAAAAUGUCCAUGAAGUCUGUAUCGAAGCCUGGAAGCGCUCAUCUACUACUAGUUCCAAGAAGGAGUUGAUCCUGACCUGCCCCAUGUGUCGUGCUAGCUGGAAGAACAAGUCACUGCUCAAUCAGCUAGACAUAGAGUCCGAGCUAGACGCCGAGGCUACGCAAAUCUACCUGGACUGGCUAUAUACCUCCACUUUACACAUAUCCGUAAAGGUCUCCCGCAUUACCGAUGCCUUCAAUCUAGUCAUCCUCAAACUCUGGACUGUUGCCAACGCCGUCGAAGAUCCAGUGUUCAAGUCGCAAGUCAUCGCCACUUACUUCGCAGAAGCUCGCGCACGCUUCUGGAAAGAGAGUGUGAAGUGGGCUUUCGUGGAGCACAAGUGCGAUGACGAAAUUCGAGCUUUCAUCAUCGAUAUAUCGCUCGCCUAUAUCCAGCCCGGUUGGUUCAGGAGCGAGGGCAAGAACUGGCCGGAGGCCUUUGUGAGUGAGCUAGCAGAUACAGCCAUGGUUCGGUGGGGAGACAGGAAAGAUGGCAGAGCGACGAGGAAGAUGUGGAUGGAGAAGCUAAGCUUAGAAGUGGAUCAGAUGAGCGGUGACGUAGAUACUGCGUCUGUAGGCGGCAGCACGAGUUUGGCGUCAGCAGCAUCUAGCACUCUGCAAAAUAAUUAA